CGUUACCACCAUGGGGUUACCACCACACAGACAACAAAACAACAACAAACUUUCAGCAAAGCUAACAGGAAGCUGGCACUUAGAGGUGUAUUAAUGGGAGUUGUGUUGAACUUUUUCUCGGUUCCUAAGGAGGAUUACAGGUGUUUUCCUAUCGGACAGUUUUCAGGAUGCCAGACGUUGAGCCGCUCAGAUUCCCUUCAAGGGAAGAACGACCAACACAACAAGAUCUUUCUGUUUCACAAGAUCAAGCAGACCUCCAAGGCGUCUGCUCUGGUCGACGUCGCACAUGUGCCUUGCUCAACAGUCCCUCGCCAUGUGUCAACAGUGCUAUUUACCAUGUCCAAGAGCUGAAGAUCACAGUGGAGAAUUGGCUUCAACAGUCUGGAAAAUAUCUGAUUGAUCAAGACAAACACAAUUACAACAAAGCUUUAAGAUUUCAGUCCAGAGACUCUGAUACUGAUUCAGUGACGUCUACAGAGUUGUUCGUCGAAGGCAUCGCAAUCAGUGCAAGAGUUCAUCGUCCUCUAGAAAGUUGCCCUUUAUCGCCAUUAUUGAAGAAAAUAAAUGAUGUCCUUGGAGAGGUUGUGUAUCUGAUCGAGCGGCUGGAGGCUGAUCGGCAGGACGCAGAAGAAGCUCUCCUCAAAGAGAAGAGAAGAAAAAUAUAUCUGGAGAACAAAGUUGACAGCAUCUCACUAUGCAAACAACAACAGCUCGCUUUUCUAGUGCAAAAAGAGCAUGAGGCUUGCAUUAAAGACAUCACUGAACUGAAACAGCGACUCAAACUGGAAAGAGAAAAACUUAACCAAGCCCAGGAGAAACUUUCACACACUGAGAUUUGUAACCAGAGCUUACAUGAGGACAUACACUUUGCUAAAAAACAAACACCCAUUGUGAAGGAAAACCUGGAACUCCAGAGAGGCAUCAUCAAACAAAUCAACAGCACACAAGCUGAGGCUGAUGAAGUUUACUCCGAAAGACAAAAUGAUCUCACACUUGUGCAGAGGGAAUUAAAAAAGAUGGAGCAGGACGCCAACAAAGAAAAGAUAUCACUGGAUAAUAUACUGUUGGCGACGAAGAAUCAGCUCGCUAACAGAUUGGAAGAUUUAAAGCAGUUAAAGAAAGUUGACGAAGGUCUGUGUGCUGAAAUACAGGACGCUGAAAAGUCCAUUGCAGUUACAGAACAACAGUGUGCAGCCUUAACAAAACGAACCCCUGAAAUAAUGGAGCUCGAGCAAACUGAAACAGACACGAUUUUGCAGUUGAAAUUUAAGAUUGGGGAUGAAACGCGAAAGAAUAACAAAUUAAAAAAGAAGAUAAUCGCACUGCAAGAAGACAUGGAGAGAACUAGACUUCAUGGGGAAGCAGAGGUUUCCUGCACAGAAGAGCAGCUCCAUUCAAAACGUAAUGCUUUUGCAGCUCUUCGUAAAGAAAACAUGGAGUAUGAACAGAAUGUAUUGGACUACAAGAUAAACAUUACAGACAGUGUGAAGGCAGUGAAGCAGAUGCAUGAGGAGAGAAAGCAGAUGCUCCAGAAAAUCAUUGACAAUGACGAGCAGUGGGAAAAGGCCAAGGAGGAAGUGACCCAAGUUGUAGCCGACCACAGUGUCACCCAGACUAAGCUGGAGGAGCAGGAGAAGAUCACCUUCACGGAAGAACAGAGGGCCAGGAAAGAGAUUGAAAACCUAAAGAAAAAUCUGACAGGUCAGAUGACUGCACUGGAGCUACUGAAGGGUCAGUGUGCGACUAAAAGUGACGAAUUGUGUCGACAGCAAAGGAAUUCAGAGGUUACUAACAAAAAGCUUCAGAAAGAAUUUGAAGAAGCAUCCACAACAACAAAGGAAAUGGAGACAAAAAUGGAGAAAAUCAAGAAAUUGACAGACCAUUUAGAAAAGACUCAAUGUGAACACUCGAACACUUUAGUCAACCUUGAGAAGGAGAAGAAACUCAAAUGUGACAACCUGAAAGCGGCUCAGGAUUUACACACUGCCACUGUGAAGAGAUAUGACGACACCCUGGGCAGAAUCACUGACCUUACAAAAAAGAGGGAUACAUACCGGGAUGCUUCGGAGAAAAUGGAAAAAACAGUCGAAGACAUGCCAGAAGUCAUAGAAGAACUUCAAAGUGUUUUUGACGUGGUGGAAUUCAAAAACAAAUCAGCUGCGCUCGUAAUGAGCACAUUGCAGUCUGAUAUUAAUAACUGCCAACAACGAACACAGCGAUCCAUGCAGACACACACUGCUCAUGUUACAGCAAGAGAAAAGGAAAUGGAAGACACCAAGGACGCACUACAAUUGUCCCUGAAGGAGAACAGACAGCUGGCCACUGAGUACGAAGAUCUAAAGAAGAUCCUCAUGGAGGCCAAACAAGAGGCAGUGUCUGCAUUGAACGAGAAAAACCAUGCACAUAGAUCCUUUCAUUAUUACACACAGCUCUCUUUGUUGCAGAAGAGGAUGCACAAAGCUUUGGUGAAAAACUUCAAACAACGCAGCCUGUACAGCCAGGCUGAACUGGACCGGUGCCAGGCUCUUUCUCAAGACACCGACCGGAAAAUAAAAACAGCCCAGGAGGGGUUGUCAGCAGAAAUUCAGCUCAUCUCCGCGUUCCUGCAGUCCUUGACAGAUGACUCUACUACCACUGAUGAUGCCGGGGUGAACAAACAAGCCGGUCCAGGAUCGAAUGAGUAGAUGCCUUCAGCUCAAACAGCAGUGUAAUUGGACAUUCACCUGAACCAGACAACUUACUUACCCUAGCACGCUUCACUAUUCCCCCCCUUUUUACUUGCAGCGAAUCCAUAACAAUGAAACAGGUGACUUUCAUGCUGCUGUCAGGACUGAUCUAAUUUUAGCUGGGUGAAUGAUUGCAAUUGGCUUUGCCUCAUCAGAUAAUUAAUCUAUGUCACCAUUAAUUGGAAAAGAGAAUAAUUACAGGCAGUGUUGACAGAAAUUCUACGCUUCUCCAGAUUCCAAGAUCUAAUUACAACUAGUGAAACCCUGUGACCUUAACUAGCACUUAGUACACCUUGGCCACCUUGACCAUGUCCAUGUGAGGACCACUGUCUCCUAAAAGACCCUUUUUUUGUCACCGCUCGCUGCCCCCCCCCCCCCUCCACUCUCCUCACUUUCGGAGAGCUGUCUCCCUCAAUCACUUUUCA